AUGGCGGGCGGCGCCAUGGAGGACGGAACGCGGGAGGUGGAGCGGUGGGAGGGGUACGUGGACUGGAGGAGCCGGCCGGCGGUGAAGGGCCGGCACGGCGGCAUGGUCGCCGCCUCCUUCGUGCUGGUUGCGGAGGUGCUUGAGAACCUGGCGUUCCUGGCGAACGCGAGUAACCUGGUGACGUACCUGAUGAAGUCCAUGCACUACUCGCCGGCGCAGUCGGCCACGACGGUGACCAACUUCAUGGGGACGGCCUUCCUGCUCGGCCUCUUCGGCGGCUUCCUCUCCGACGCCGUCUGCACCACCUACGCCGUCUACCUCAUCAGCGCCUUCGUCGAGUUCAUGGGUUUGGUGGUCCUGACGAUCCAGGCGCGGUCACCGUCGCUGAUGCCGCCGGAAUGCAUCAAGGCUGUCGGCGCGGCGCCGUGCGAGCCCGUGUCGGGGAGCAAGAAGGCGAUGCUGUUCGUGGGGCUGUACAUGACGGCUCUGGGCAUCGGCGGCAUCAAGGGCUCCCUGCCGUCGCACGGCGCGGAGCAGUUCGACGAGCACACGCCGCGCGGCCGCAAGGGCCGCUCCACCUUCUUCAACUACUUCGUCUUCUGCCUCUCCUGCGGCGCGCUCAUCGCCGUCACCUUCGCCGUGUGGGUCGAGGACAACAAGGGGUGGCAGUGGGGGUUCGGCAUCUCCACCAUCGCCAUCCUGCUCUCCAUCCCGGUCUUCGCCGCCGGCUCCAAGUUCUACCGCAGCAAGGUGCCCACGGGCAGCCCGCUCGUCACCAUCGGCAAGGUCCUGCUCGCGGCCGCGUCCGCGCGCCGCGGGGGCACGCAGAGCGCCAGCAACGGCGCCGUCAUCGACCGCGCGCCCAGUCCCACGGGGAGCACCGACAUGAAGGAGUACUGCAAGCCCGGGAACACAUGCGCAGCCGCCGACGAGGUGACGGAGCCGUCCCAGGAGCUGAGCGGCUUGAACCGAGCGGUGCAGUGCCAGCCGCGGCACAGGACCCUGGCGUGCACGGUGCAGGAGGUGGAGGACGUCAAGAUCGUGCUCAUGGUGCUCCCCAUCUUCCUCUCCACCAUCAUGCUCAACUGCUGCCUGGCCCAGCUCUCGACCUUCUCCGUGGAGCAGGCGGCGACGAUGAACACCCACGUCGGGGGCCUCAAGGUGCCGCCGGCGUCUCUGCCGGUGUUCCCCGUCACGUUCAUCAUACUCCUGGCGCCCAUCUACGACCACAUCAUCGUCCCGUUCGCGCGGCGAGUAACCGGGACGGAGAUGGGCAUCACCCACCUCCAGCGCAUCGGCACCGGGCUGGUCCUCUCCAUCGUGGCCAUGGCGGUGGCCGCCGUCGUCGAGGUGAAGCGCAAGAACGUGGCCACCGACGCCGGCAUGAUGGACUCCGCGGCGCCGCUGCCCAUCACAUUCUUCUGGAUCGCGUUCCAGUACCUGUUCCUGGGGUCUGCGGACUUGUUCACGCUGGCGGGCCUGCUGGAGUUCUUCUUCAGCGAGGCGCCGCCGCGGAUGCGGUCGCUGGCGACGUCGCUGUCGUGGGCGUCGCUGGCGCUGGGGUACUACCUGAGCUCGGUGCUGGUGACGGUGGUGAACAGCGCGACGGGGCGCGGCGGGCACCGGGCGUGGCUGGAGGGGGCGAGCCUGAACCACUACCACCUCGAGCGGUUCUACUGGCUCAUGUGCGUGCUCAGCGCGCUCAACUACGUCUUCUUCUUGGUGCUGGCCAUCCGGUACAAGUACAGAAACGCUGGGGUGAUCAAGGGGUGA